AUGCCGGACCGAUACGAACGGAUGUUAUUUAACUAUGAGACAUCUAAUAGAACGGAGUACCGAGAUGGUGAAAUUAGACCCAUUGUAAAAACCGUAUACCAACAAAAACCCAGCUGCUACAGAAUACGACCCCCGGCACUAAAAGACAUACACACGCUUUCAGAGUGGAAAACACCAAACGUACCCUUCGAUUUAUUAUUAAAACCAAAAGACGUCGUCCGAACAAAUCCUUGGAAAGUCCAACAACGCUAUGAAAAAUCGCCGGACUUGGGCUGGGAGCAUGCGAAGAACACUCGACCUCGUCUCGUCAUGACGCCAGCCGUCAGCAUGGAUGAUAUAGAUGUGCCAGAAUCACGUAAGCUCUUAAUACAAGACAUUUACUCGUCAACGGCACAGAGAGCGAUGCGCGACGGUAUUCAAGACUCGUUUAGUACCAAUAUACGUGCCCCUUUCCCCGGGAGACCAGCGCCUGCUAACCCGAUAAAACUAGAGAAACUCCGGGCACCGUACGUGUCCCCUGAGUGGCGCAUGGACUCAGUGUCGUGGGACGGCCGCCAGCUGCGCAGCUACUGUGACCCUCGGAGAGAGUUCUACUUAGCGAGAACUACUAAAUGCAGCGCGUGCGAUGUCACAGCAACACUCGAAGCUCGGAAAAAACUUGCAAAACGAAUAAAAACACAU